AUGAACUUAGUCCUGCUGCUCUACGACGAGGUGGAGGAGAUAAAUGCCACUGGAUCCGUCCUCUUGCCCACCACGGACCGUCGUGCACGACACAUUGCAACUGUGUUAAAGCCAAAGCCCGGCGCAACAAUCCGCGUUGGCUGCGUGGGAGUCGGUGUGGGGCGCGCGAGCGUGUGCAUUUUGGAGGAUGGGCAAGUUCGACUAAGUCCGGCUGCCAGCAAUGACACCGACGCAGCUGGCCGGCUUUGCUUGUCGGCGUUGCCUCCCCACCCGCACGUGGAGUUGCUUUUGGCCAUGCCUCGUCCAAAGGUUAUGAUGAGGCUCUGGUCGGUGCUGGCACAGCUUGGCUUGCGCCGCAUCGUGCUGACCAACGCUUGGCGCGUGGAGAAGCCCUAUUUCUCCUCGCAAGCCACCGAUCCGAGCAAGUACACCCCCGAGAUGUUGGAAGGUCUGGAGCAGGCGGUGUGCACCACCUUGCCAGAGGUGCAGGUUGAGCUGCGACUAAAGCCUUUCGUGGAGGAUUCCCUGGAUGCCCUCUUCCCGACACCUAACUUCCUGCGGCUGCUCUGCCAUCCGGGCGAUGCUGGAGUUCCCAUCCGCGAGGCCCUGCUCGAGGCGCAGGCGCGUGGAGCGCCGCCCCAGGCCGUGCUCCUGGCAGUCGGCCCUGAGGGCGGUUGGGUGGACUAUGAGGUGGACAUGUUCCGCGAGCGUGGUUUUGUGCAGGUCUCUUUGGGGAGCCGCAUACUGACCACGGACGUGGCGCUGGUGUCGCUGGUUGCGCUGACCAUGGAUGGACUCUCGGGGCUGGGCUCGGGAAAGGCAAAGCGCAAGCUGCCAGCAAGAGCUGCCGACGCCUUGGCCAGCCUGCUGCCAUGUUGCUAG